AUGGCAGUCGGCGGCAAGGGCGCAAGCGCUCUAGUGCUGGUGGCUUUGGUGUGCUCGCUGUCCUGCGGCCUUGCUGCUGCGCACGGCCGCGUGGCGAGGAAGAACCUGGGCAUCGGCCUGGGCGGCGGCGGCGGCGGCGACGGGCAGGGGCUAGGCCUCGGGCUCGGCCUGGGGCUCGGCGUCGGGGCAGGCACCGGAGGAGUGUCCGUGUCCGGGUCUGGCUCUGGGUCCGCAUCGGCGCCCGGGGUGGGGUCCACGUCCGGGUCCAGGUCCGGGUCCAUAUCCGUUGGAGGGGCCAGUUCGUCCGCCGGAUCGAGCGCUGGAUCGUCCGCGGGGUCGACUGGGUCCGGGGCCGGCUCCUCGGCGGGCUCUGGCGGUGGGCAAGGGUACGGGCAGGGUGGUGGGAGCGGGUCAGGGUCUGGGUAUGGCGAGGGCAGUGGGUCUGGGAGUGGGUCGGGCGAUGGGGUGGUGGGUAUAGGGAAUGGCCAGGGGUAUGGUCAUGGUUCUAGCUACGGUGGAAACCCUUGA